GUGAAUAAUAACCCCAUUCUCUCUCUUGUAAAAGGUGUGCACAUAUCUAUAAUAAAAGGAUGGAAUUUAGUGUUUCCUCUACCUGAACUCCCACUAGUCAACAUUAAUUCAAUCGAAUGGAAAUACCACACAGUCAAAAACAUCCUGCUGGCCACCAUUAACCUGAAAACAAAGCAAACAAAACUCCUCAGCAAGAGGACUGGAAUGCAAAUAAUGGAGAAUGGAUCUCUUCAUAUUGAAGAUAUAAAAGAUGAAGACUCUGGGAACUACUCGUGCACCAUCAUUUUCAAUGAUCAAAGGAUGCAAAUAGAGCAAAUUUAUCUUCAAGUACUUGAUGACUUGAAGACUGAACACAGCAGCACAAUUAACACCACAACUGCUGCUGAAAUCAAACAGCCAGGACUCCACAUUCCUAAAGCAUUAUUGAUUGCAAUAUCUGUAUGUUCAGCACUCAUAAUCCUUUUAAUUUUAUUUAUCAUCUUCUUCUGCUCGUGUAGAAAAAAGUGCUGCCAGACUUCAGAAGAACCUAUAUAUGUCAAUAAACCAGUUUCUCAAGGAAAUAAAAGGUCACAAGUGGGCAGAUGGAAAUCAGAUACAAACUUAUAAAGACCCCAAAUUAGCAAAAAGCUAAGAAUACUGGAUGAUGUUGCUGCAGUUGAACUACCUCUGUUUUCCAAAGAUACAAUUGUACAGAGUACUGCAAUAAUGACAAAGAGCAUGCUUGGUGGCCAACCUGGAAGUAUCACCCUGGAUCCCUCGACAAAAGCCCAAUAGGAUUUUAAAUUUGGUUUUUGUAUUAUUGUGUAAAUUAUAGUUGACCAACCAAAGUUUAUAACUCUUAUGUUUUAUUAAACAUUGUAAUCUGCACAAUUUAUGUUCAUUUAUAUCCUAAAAGCAAUUAACACAAAAAGA